CCUGCCGCCAGGCCGCGGGUGACGCACUACGCCUGCGCCGCCCGCCGCCCCGCCCCGUGACGUCACGACGCCGGCGCCGCCGCUGUCGCGAGGUCGUGAGAGUGUUUUCCCAAUAGCCUGGGUGAUCGCUGAUGUUCACACGGACUGCCUUCAGUCAUGGCCUUGGGUUUAAGGUGCUUCCGCUUGGUCCAUCCUGCCUUUUGCAAUUCUCUUGCAGCCUUGACCAGACCUGUUUCGGAAGUUAUGCUGAAGACAGUGAGUGGAAGACAGUUUGACCACGGGCAAUAUGUGGCCUGUGCAGCUGUACCAACCCGUCAUUUUGCUACCAAGAAAGCCAAAGCCAAAGGAAAAGGACAGUCCCAAACCAGAGUGAAUCUUAACACUGCCUUGGUGGAGGAUAUAAUCAACUUGGAAGAGGUGGAAGAAGAAAUGAAGUCUGUGAUGGAAGCACUCAAGGAUAAUUUCAAUAAGACUGUCAAUAUAAGGACCUCACCAGGAUCCCUUGAUCAUAUCACUGUGGUAACUGCUGAUGGAAAGCUGGCUUUAAACCAGAUUGGCCAGAUCUCCAUGAAGUCGCCACAGCUGAUCUUGGUGAACAUGGCCAGCUUCCCAGAGUGUACAGCUGCAGCUAUCAAGGCUAUAAGAGAAAGUGGAAUGAAUCUGAACCCAGAAGUGGAAGGGACGCUAAUUCGGGUACCCAUUCCCAAAGUAACCAGGGAGCACAGGGAAAUGCUGGCAAAACUUGCCAAACAGAACACCAACAAGGCCAAAGACUCUUUACGGAAGGUUCGUACCAACGCAAUGAAUAAGCUGAAGAAAUCAAAGGACAAGACCUCGGAGGACACCAUUCGACUCAUAGAAAAGCAGAUCAGCCAGAUGGCCGACGACACCGUGGCAGAGCUGGACAAGCAUCUGGCAGUGAAGACCAAAGAACUCCUCGGAUGAACGUCCACGGGGCCAGUUUCCAGUGACCCACCUGGUGGCAGAUUGGCAUCUCUGUACCCGUCCACACGGAAGGCCGACACCCUGUGUCAUCAGUCCUUGUGAGGCCCAGCUUCCAGAGGGACACCAGGCUUGUCCAGUCUCUCCCUCCAGCCCGUCGCCCCGUUCUGCUCUGGGCCUUCUGGCAGGGGUGGCCCUUUGGAGAAUGUCUGCUGCUGCCUAGAGACCAGGGCCACCGGCAGGCUGACCGCUGACUAGUCCUCAUCUCAGAGCCUCCUUCCCAAAUAAUUAGCACAGCCCUGUCCCCAAAUUUCGGUUUUGCUUGGUCUGAUGUGGGCCUUCACUUGUGACUGGAUACUUUUGCUAGAGGCCUAUUUUCACCAAGUAAUAAAAUCAAAUUAAAUUGAGAGAAUAAUAACCUUAAAGUAAAUGAUAGAGUCCGUGUGGAAGAAUGAUUUCUAAGGAGCUGGUGUGUGUAAAGCAGCCAGACAAUACUUCUCCCUCACACAUGCUCUUUACUCUCCCCGACCUUUUCCCCACUCCUCACCGGCCGCUCCUAUGCCUGCUUCCUUCUCAGCGGGGCUGGCACUUCCUUGGAAGCCUUCUUUCCCCCAGCUGAGGGCCCCUGGUAUUGGCUCGCACAGCACUAUUGUUCUCACCUGAACCUUAGCUAUUCUCUUUGAUAAUCAGUCUGUGUAUCUUCAGGAUUUGACAUAAUGCCUGGAACCAAUAGGCACUCAAAUGUGUUGUGAAUUAAUUGCAUGUAAUACUUGCACAACAAAUGCUGGCUUCUUUUCCUU